AUGGAAAACUACCAAAAGAUUGAAAAGAUUGGAGAGGGAACUUACGGUGUCGUCUACAAAGCCCGCGAGCUUACUCACCCCAACCGUAUUGUCGCCCUGAAGAAGAUUCGUCUGGAGGCAGAGGAUGAAGGUGUCCCCAGUACUGCCAUUCGGGAAAUUUCCUUGCUCAAGGAAAUGAACGAUCCGAACAUCGUGCGGCUUUUCAAUAUCGUUCAUGCCGACGGCCACAAGCUCUACCUCGUAUUCGAAUUCCUCGAUCUCGACCUGAAGAAAUACAUGGAAGCGCUCCCGGUCAGCGAAGGUGGACGCGGAAAGGCUCUCCCGGAUGGCACCUCGUUGAGUACAACCAUGGGCUUGGGGGAGGCUAUGGUUAAGAAGUUCAUGGCCCAGCUUGUGGAGGGAAUUCGUUACUGCCACAGCCAUCGAAUCCUGCACCGUGAUCUGAAGCCUCAGAACCUGCUCAUUGACCGUGAGGGCAACUUGAAGCUGGCUGACUUUGGAUUGGCGAGAGCUUUCGGUGUGCCAUUGAGAACCUACACUCACGAGGUCGUGACUUUGUGGUACCGCUCUCCUGAAAUUCUGUUGGGUGGCCGUCAGUACUCUACCGGUGUGGACAUGUGGUCUGCCGGUGCUAUCUUCGCCGAGAUGUGCACUCGCAAACCCUUGUUCCCUGGUGAUUCCGAGAUUGAUGAAAUUUUCAAGAUCUUCCGGAUUCUCGGUACCCCAGACGAAAUCACAUGGCCCGGUGUGACAUCCUUCCCCGAUUACAAGCCCAGUUUCCCCAAGUGGAAGCGUGAAGACCUCCACGUACUUGUCCCUGGCUUGGACGACGAUGGUCUUAACCUCCUUGAGGCUCUGCUCGAAUAUGACCCGGCAACACGACUUUCUGCCAAGCAGGCGUGCAUGCACCCAUACUUCCAAAAUGGCAGCUCACAUUACUCUGGCCGUUCCAGGAGAAAUGGCUUCCACUAA